AUGCUCUGUCUCUCUCUGAUAUGUUUUUUGCCGCACUAUAAUGUUGCGAUCACUGCCACCUCGUUUCGUGUUUUUUGUUUAUCAUCUUCGUUGACACCCCAUCAGUCGCAUUUUCAUGCCCUACCUAAUCCGCAGCAGUCGAACUGGAGGUCGGGAGUUAAUCGUCCGGGGGCUCUACCGUCCGCAACCGGUCAGCCAUGCGCUGCGGAAAACUAUGCGUCUCCGAUUCGAUUGGGUGACGAGACGCGCAAUCCUUGCGAAGUACCGCUUUCAAAUCCGCCCGGCACACGGGUACCAGACGAUCCGAAUCAACGACUGCGAGACUGGCUCAGUGGUCCGAUUGAAUUAGAGGAUCCGGUCGAUGAAACAUUGGCUUAUUUGCGUGAAAUGUUGGACUGGCGACUAUUGUUCAGUAUUACGUUCCUCGUACUGAUUGUGGCCUGCUCGCUAAAUAUGCUUGGUAAGUUAGAAAUCAUAAUCAAAUAA